AUUUUGCUGUUCCGCAUUUCAGGUCUGCGGGGUGGGGGAAGCGGGAGAGGUGGCCGCCGCGGUUGGCACCAGCUAGCAGCUGCUCUAACCCGACUCGGAGCCCGGCUUCCUCUGUCCGCGAGCUGAGGGAUCGUCCGCUGACUGUCGGUUCCCGCGCGGGUUCCGAACCUGACCGGGGCAGGGGCCAGCGGCCCCUCCCCUCUCCUCCGAGGACCGAAGAUGAGCUUCCUCUUCAGCAGCCGCUCUUCUAAAACAUUCAAGCCCAAGAAGAAUAUCCCUGAAGGGUCUCAUCAGUAUGAACUCUUAAAACAUGCAGAAGCAACUCUAGGAAGUGGAAAUCUGAGACAAGCAGUUAUGUUGCCAGAGGGAGAGGACCUCAAUGAAUGGAUUGCUGUUAACACUGUGGAUUUCUUCAAUCAAAUCAACAUGUUGUAUGGAACUAUUACAGAAUUCUGCACUGAAGCAAGCUGUCCAGUCAUGUCUGCAGGCCCCAGGUAUGAGUAUCACUGGGCAGAUGGUACUAAUAUUAAAAAGCCAAUCAAAUGUUCUGCACCAAAAUACAUCGACUAUUUGAUGACCUGGGUUCAGGAUCAGCUUGAUGAUGAAACUCUUUUUCCUUCUAAGAUUGGUGUCCCAUUUCCCAAAAACUUCAUGUCUGUGGCAAAGACAAUUCUAAAACGUCUCUUCAGGGUAUAUGCUCAUAUUUAUCACCAGCACUUUGAUUCUGUGAUGCAGCUGCAGGAGGAGGCCCACCUCAACACCUCCUUUAAGCACUUUAUUUUCUUUGUUCAGGAGUUUAAUCUGAUCGAUAGGCGUGAGCUGGCACCUCUUCAGGAAUUAAUUGAGAAGCUUGGAUCGAAAGACAGAUAAAUGUUUCUUCUAGAACACACUUACCCUCUUGCUUCAUCUACUGCUAGAGCUAUCUCAUUGCUAUUUGUUGUAGACUAGUGACACAGACUGUAAGAAGACAGGAUAAAAGAUAAAAGGACACACCCUGUCUUUGUGGCAGAUUAAAUUGUUCCAAAGGUAGGUUGUCUAGUAGCUUCAGAAACUGUAGUAAGGACACAGCCAAAUCAGAGGUGCUGUGCGAGCACUCCUGUUAUUGUCAGUUGUACUUGGUUGUAACAUAUGAUGACUAACCUGUAGUUUAUUAGUUCACUUAUUUUUUUACUCACGAAAAUUAUUGCAUCUGUCUCAGGUGACAGCAUAAUGGAUAUUAAGAGUUUUUAUUUCAUUGAUUUAUUAGUAAGUUUCCAGAACAAAUCUCCUAAUACAGGUUGGUUUUAUUCUGCUUUUAUUUUAUUAAUAGAAAAGGUAUUUUUAAGUUCGUUAAAGAUUUAGAAUUUCUAGGCUGGGUGUGGUGGCGCACGCCUGUAAUCCCAGCACAUGGGAAGCUGAGGCAGGAGAAUUGCUGUGAGUUUGAGCCCAGCCUGAGCAACAUAGUGAGACCCUGUUUGAAAAAAAAAAAAAAAUUAGAACUUCUUUGUCACUUUGGAUAACCUUUUAGUUUCAAGUUUGUAUGCUUGUGUUUUUAUAGAGAAGAGUAUAUAUUUUUCGGAACUCAUGAUUGCAGUUUAAAUCAUGGCAUAUGUGGAAUGGGAGUAACCAAAGUUAUUUUUAAAGUGAUUUUAUUUUUUAAUCUUUAUUUGGGAUUGUAUUCACAUCUGUCUAAAUUAUUAGGAGUAUUCAUAUAUCAGAAAUAAUAUUUUUAGGCUUCUGAGGAUGGUCUUGUAGGUUUUUAUUUUAAAAUGCUUUUUUAAAAUUAAUAUGUAGCUUUUGGCUGAGAAAAGGCAAACUAAAAAUACAUGACAAACUUAGGUCUCAAAACCACUAUUUUCAUUCAAAUUAUUUUUCAGAGGCCUUGCAGUUUGGGUAAGAGUAAAAGAAAACAUUCCUUUAAAAAAUUACCUCUGUGUUUGUAUUUUUUGGUACUGGGGGUGGAACCCAGGGCCCUCUGCAUGCGAGGCAAGUGCUGUCACAGACCUGCAUCCCCAGCCCUUUUGUUCUUUUUCUUUUUUUUUGGUACCGGGGAUCGAACUCGGGUCCUUGCGCUUGCGCAUCAGGCAGUGAAACCACUGCUCAAUCCCCAGCCCUGAUCCCCAGCCCUUUUGAAUCAAGGUCUAGGUUUCCCAGUCUGGCCUUGAACUUGUGAUCUUCCUGCCUCAUCCUCCAGAGCAGUUGGAAUUACAGGUAUGUGCCACCAUGCCUGGCUUUUUAUCAUGACUUGACACUUAGUUUGUAAGAGUAGUGUGACAAAAUGAGACACAGAAUAAGUAAAAAUAGAGAAAAAUCUCAUUCUGUUAAUAAAGGAUUGAACUUCCAUAGAGGUUUUAUCCUGUUCUAAUUUUUUUUGUGUCAAAACCUGAAAUUUUUCUUUUUAUUAGGAUAUCAUCAUCUUCCCUUUUAGUGAGGAAAAUGCCUUUUUCAUUGGGUUCCUUGGAUUUGAAUGUUCCUCGACUAUUUAAAUGCACUGAGGGCUAACAGGUACCCUGGAAGACUUGCCAGACCAGCAAAGCUUUACUUCAUCAGCAGUCAGUAUUAGAGCUGUGAUUUUUACAAAACACUCACCAACCUCCUCAUGGCUUUGAUAAAGGUUACAUUUGAUAAGGUUUUGUGUUACUUAUUUUUAUUCCACUAGAUUAUAAAGAAAAGAAUUGCUUAGAAACUCCAUUUUUAAUAACUCAAUUUCAAUAAAUUCUUAAAGAUACACAGAUUUUAAAGGAAGUAUUUGAUUCUUAUUUAGGCUGAAACCAUGUAUCAUUGUUUGAGGAAUUUAAAAGUGGGAUACUCUUUUUUUUUUUUUGGUCCCGGGGAUCGAAUUCGGGACCUUGCACUUGCAAGGCUGGCGGCAGAAUCACUGAGCUAAAUCCCCGGCCCUAAAAGUGGGAUAACAGGGGCCUGGGAUUUAGGUUAGUGGUUCCGCCACCUGCCUUGAAAGCUUAAGUACCCAAGUUUGAUCCCCAGGACCAAAAAAAAAGAGAGAAAAGCCCUCUAUGAAACAUUCAACAUGUUUUAAACUUACCCAGAGGUCCAAGUAUCAGGCAUUUUGCCUAUUUAAUGUUGAUUAUUUACAAACAAAACAAGUUUCUAGAUGCAUCUCCACUAUAACUGCCUCAUUGGACAUUUAUCUUUUCUAAUAUUUCAAAUAUUCCCAAAUAAAAAGGUUCUUGAUUUCCAUUUAUUUUCAAUGAUAGAAAUCCCCUCUUCACGACUGAGCCCCUAAACGAACCAAAGAAGGUCACAUGCUAGGAUAUAGUAGUAAAGGCAACUAAGCAUAAUGUCCUUAAUUAUGUGGGACAUAAAUCAGAAAUUUGUAAUUUUGAACUUGGAAUACCCUUUUUCUAAACUUUCUUUUUCUUUUUUUUUUUCCUUUUUUAACAAAAAAAUAAGUUUCCAAGCCAGUCUGGCUUCACCAACAGUGCACCUAAACAUUACACUGUCUACUUCUGAGGCAGGAGGGGAAUUGGAGAAAGGGGAGAGAAUGGAAGAGGAUGGCACCUUCCUGACAUGACUGGAGGGCCACCCUCUGAUAAGCACUUGAAGAAGUCAGUGAAUGUGUCCUGGGCUCCUCUCACUUUUGAUUUGUGUGCCGCAGCCCAGGGUCUCCAACACUCCCUUCACUUUCCCUGCUAAGCAGACAGCCUCUCCUCUCAGUAGCCAAUGUCUGCUCCUCAUUUGUGAUUAUAAUCAUGGGGUGGAGAGUGCUUGCCAAAUUAUGCAGGUCAUCCUGUGGUGCUUCAAUUUUCAGGCCUUUUAAAAUCUUGGACCAUAAUGUUUAAAUAUUCAAACUUCCUCAUACUACUGUUUUUGUAUUUACAGCCAAAUAUACCCUUCCUUCCUUCUUCAUCUUGUGAAUAAAGUGAUUUUACAGGGCCACCAGCUUACAAGGUAUUCCGUUCAUCUUAGACUUGGAGAGGUCUAGCUUAUGUGGUGCUUCCUCAAGAAAUGCAAAUCUGUUUUCACCAUGACUUUGAUAACAGUGACAGUUUCUCUAGUAGUGUAGAGGCAAGAGGAACCUGACACCUCCAGCAUGAUGUUUUAUUUCAUAUGAAUAAACAAAUCAGGCCCAAAGAGUGCAAAUCUGAGAAAUGUGUUUCUAAGCAGCUCUAGUCACAGUGCUGGGCCACCCCUGCCCCACUGUACGAGGCAGUCUCCUGUCAGAGGGGACUCUGGCCUGGAAAAUGCCAGCCUGUACCCCAAGCACUGAGCACCUUCAACAGGCAUAUGAUUCCUCCUGAGAUCAGCUCAGAGUGAAUUUGGUUUCUACUAUUGCAGAAUUCUGGCAAAGAGGGAAAAUAAUUCUUUGCUCUUUCUUUUGCAUUCAGUUUUAAUAUUUCAGACUAUAAGGGGCUAUUAUAUGUGGUAACAGUAAUUUUACUAACAACUACAUUGAAAUUCACUGGGAUUUUCUUUCCUUAUCAAACAAGUAUUCUGUAAAUCCAAAAGGAUCACCAGUGUGCUAUGGAUUUAUUAUAUAGCAAUAUUCCAUAUUUGGUCUACAUUGAAAAUUUCCAUUAGUCUUGAUUACCAUGUAAAAUAUUUUGAAAUGUUCUUUACAUAAAAAUUUAUGUUGUAUUUUUACAUCUUUAGGGGGCUUUAUCUAUUUUUCUAAGUCAGUUAACUGUACUUUUAAAAAUGUAUUUUGUAUCUAUUUUGUAACUUCAUCAGAAUAAAAUAUAUCGCAAGAAAUGACUGAUUAAAGGAUGCGUCUGAACACACAUUUAAGUGGAAACUUGAGAUUUUUGCUAGUCCUGUGAAUUCUUAAAUUUGGAAGGUUAUCAUUGAAUAUCAUUUAGUAGCUAAAAUGUUUCUUUAGCCCUUAAAGAGAAGUUCCUAAAUAAAACUAAAUACCAGAACUCCA